CGGACAACACACUGACUACUCCCUCUAACACCUGUAAACAUCACGAAAAUCGCGCAGCACAAUAAUGGAUUCUAGCACAAGCACAGGGCCCCCGACGACGACGUCCGGCCAGGAAAGUGGGGUCACUUUUCGCGCUGCGAAAUUGGAAGAAGACGACGUGCUGUCGAGGAUACUCUGCAAUGCUUUUCUCCCAGUCUGGAACCAUAAUUGGUUCCAAGGCAUUUCGGAACCUCUGCAGCCUGUUGAGAUUGGACGCAUCAACGGCCCGACACCCAAAAUGAGCAACCUGCAAAAGUCCCGCGUCAUGUUCUAUCGCACGGUGAUCAGACUGACGAGGCUCGUGGGUGGAGAGGCCUGGGUUGCAGAGGUUCCCUCGUCUGAGAGCGAUGGUGCGCCCACUGAUGUCGGGGCUAUCGUUCUGUGGCUACCUCCUCGAAAACGUUUGGCCGACCACGAUGUCUUCACACUGUGGAGGUCGGGCAUCUUAAACUUGACCCUGCCCUGGCACUACGGUUUCACGGGACUAUACCGCAUUCAAUUCGUCUUUGAAGCCAACGUCGCGUCUAUGAUUGCAAAGAACUUGCCUGAAGGCUUUCAGAUGGUCGAGUGCGGCUUCCCGCAGAUCAUCGCAAGAAAUCCCAAGUACCCAGGCAAAGGAUAUGCUUCGCAGUUGUUUAAACACAUACUGGAUCGACACUUCGAAGAAUACCCCGGCACGCCGGUGCUUCUGGACACUUCGACAGACCAGGGCGUCCGCGCAUACGAACGGCUCGGCUUCAAGCUAAUUGAUCAAGUGCCAGUGGAAACCGAUACAGAUGAGACCGGGAUACGCCUCACAAAAGCCGUGACUGCUGGGGCUAAGCAACGAAUCAGGGAUACCUGCGUACAAAGAGUCAUGGUGAAAAUGCCUUGAACGGAAGUUCCGGGCAUACUUCUCCUUAUUUUUCAUUCUAAGAUUCUUUCCAUGGAGACACUUUCCCUCCGAAGCUUUAGCGUUGA